AUUCUAUAAAUGGAAGAAAAAGAGUCAAAUCUCCUAUCAAAAGCCCUUACCGACCUCCAAGGCAAUCUAGGCACUAUCGAACAAAGAUUCACCCAGAAUAUGGAGAAGAAGAAAUUACUCGAGAAUAAGAAGCACAGAGAAACAUUUGAUUUAUAAUUCAGAAAAUUAAACAGAGAAUGGAUGCAGAGACAGAAGAAAGAAUACAACAGGAGAGGUACUUCUCCAAGAUUAUAGAAGCUAAGACUGCAGCUCUGCUAGAGAAAUAUUCAUUAAAACCAUCAGAUAAAGACUCCUGCACAGAUCCUUCAGUGGCGACUCUGACCAAGUCCCAGCUUCAGCUGGGACUUUUCGAGAGCCGACUUUCCGAUCUAGUCUCCAGAUCAGCUAGGCUAAAGAUUGAGGUUUCCAAUGUCAUUGAAGAAAACAAGGAGAAAUUUGAGAAAGAAAACUUUAAUUUCAGAAAAACUCUUCAGGAGCAAAAAGAAAAAGGUAAUGACUACGAAAGCGAUUUCGUCAAAGUAGACAAACUCAAGAGUAACUUCGAGAAGGUCAAGAAGGAAUUUGUACAAGACCGAGAGAAGGACUAUGAAGCCCUCAAAGACCAGAUUUUAAAGGAGCUUAAUGAGGAAAAAGUCUAUACAGAGGUCAGUAAAGCCAAAUCUAUCGUGGCUAAGCAGAUUAAUGAGCUUAAGGCACUUUGUAAACAGGAAUUUAACAGCAGAGAGAAAUCUGAUAUCGAAAUACUUAUGGCAAUAGAAAAACUCAAGGAGAUCUUUGAAGAAGAAAUCAAAAGCAAGGUUAAAAUUACUGUAUAACUUUCAAUACGA